CAAACCCUACGAGCUCGCGACUAUAAAUACCAUAAUUUGCUUUUCAAUACCUUUUUUUCAUCGCCGCCGGAUUGCACUCAGAUUCUUCUUCCUCUCAGAUCAGAUCGUAUUUUUCAAGCUAAAAUCAUGCAAAACGAAGAAGGGCAGAUUACUGAGCUAUACAUUCCGAGAAAAUGCUCGGCCACAAACAGAUUGAUCACCUCCAAGGAUCAUGCUUCUGUUCAGCUUAACAUUGGUCAUCUUGGUCCCGAUGGUGUCUACACUGGCCAAUUCACCACAUUUGCUCUCUGCGGAUUUGUCCGAGCUCAGGGAGACGCAGACAGUGGCGUGGACAGGCUCUGGCAGAAGAAGAAGGUCGAAACCAAACAACAGUGAGAGAGAGCGUGAAUCUAAAGCUGCCUCUAGUUUGUUUUUUGAUGUUUCAUUGAAUUUCGUCUACAUGCGAACUCGUAUUUUUGUUUUCUGAUUAUGAAAGAUAGGUUUUGAUGCCAAUGAAAUCAGAUUCUACAGUUAAAUU